AUGACUCCCCCAAUAUUCUGGAUAUCUGCCCUCGUCGGGUCUCUGGUUUCGACGACAUUUGCGCUCACCCUCCCUGAAUAUAGAGGGUUGAAGACUGCCCAGAAUGGCAGUGUACUCGAAGUCACUCUACACAAUCCUACCUCUGAGAUCAACCUCUGGGGGCAAGACUUUCAAGAUGGAUUGACAGAUAUGGUCCAGAGGCUUCAGACUGACAACGAAACCAAGGUUGUUAUCUUCAAGAGCGACGUUCCAAGGUUUUUCUGCGCCCACGUGGACCUCCUUAUCCCUGAUAUUCGUGCCGUUGAAGGCAGAGCUCGCGGCGCUGGAAACGAGUUCCUUCUAGCAUUGGACAUGCGAUUCGCUACCAAAAAGGAGACUCAAUUUGGCCAGAUCGAGGUGGCUACAGGUCUGGUUCCCGGAGGCGGAGGGGGCCAGAUGCUGUCCCAAAUCAUUGGCAGGGGACUCGCGAUGGAGUACGUUCUGAGCGGCAAGGAUAUCAAUGCAAAAGACGCAGAGAAGAUCGGCUGGAUUAACAAAGCGUUCGACCACUCUGCCGACAUGUACGCCCAUAUCGACGACCUUACAUCUCGCUACCGUCUGUUCCCUCGUGGGGCACUUGUAGCUGCCAAGAAAUCUAUCAACCUUUGGGCCCGGCCUCCGCAAGACAACUUCCUGAGAGAUGCCGCAGCCUUCAGUGGUCGUCUGGCUGAUCCUGUUGUUAUGCAGCUCGUGGGUCGAGCCUUGUCUCUUACACAAAAUUUGUCAUUGGGCGACGUAGAGCUUAACUUGGGAAGGGACCUGCCUCUGCUCUACACCUAA